GGUCGGUCUGCCGCCAGGGGGCGUGCCCUGUGCUUCUGGGGCACAAGAUGGCGCUGCCCUUUGCACGUUGCUGGAACUUGUACCGCUGGGGAGCCAAGCGAUGGGGGGUUCCUGCCGGGGAAGCCCGGAGAGGCAUCAGUUUCAAACUGGAAGAAAAAACUGCCCACAGCAGCCUGGCACUCUUCAAAGGCGACACGGGUGUCAAAUACGGCUUGGUGGGAUUGGAACCCACCAGGGUGGCCCUGAAUGUGGAGCGCUUCCGGGAGUGGGCAGUGGUGCUCGCAGACAGCACAAUCACCAGUGGCAGACACUACUGGGAGGUGACGGUGAAGCGGUCUCAGCAGUUCCGGAUAGGAGUGGCAGAUGUGGACAUAUCCCGGGAUAGCUGCGUCGGGGCUGAUGAUCGCUCCUGGGUGUUCUCCUAUGCCCAGCGCAAGUGGCACAGCAUGUUGGCCAACGAGAAAGCCCCAAUUGAGGGGAUUGGGCAUCCAGACAAAGUGGGGUUGCUGCUGGACUAUGAGGCAAAGAAGCUGAGCCUGGUGGAUGUGAGUCAGAUCUCUGUAGUCUACACGCUACAGACAGAUUUCCGGGGCCCAGUGACGCCGGCUUUUGCUCUCUGGGAUGGAGAGCUGCUAACCCACUCAGGACUAGAAGUGCCCAAAGGUCUCUAAUGUGGCCGUUACCUAAGUCCCUUAAUCAUGCUCACAAUCGGCUUUCUGUUCAAAGGGUCUAGAGCUGUUUUAUUUGUCUCAAGCGACUGGUAGCCCUCACAAUUCAGUCGGGACCCUUUGUGCAAUAGUUGAGGCCUCUUCCUCCGGUCCCUACUCCGCGGAAGCUAGGUUUACAGCCAAACUUUGCCCUCGCAUUACUGCCAGUUUCCCAGGGCACCGGGUGAUCUUCUCCUCCAGCUGCUUCCUUGGGGCCCUCUAUUUUGUGCCCAGGUGUCUUAGACUGUUCAGUCCCGGGGUCCUCUUUCAGCCACUACCUCUCCUUCCCUUACCCACAUGUAACUUGUUUUGGGGGGUUCACCAGAUUCUCCAGAGUAAAUGCUUUCUACCUCUGG